AUGACAGACAUAACACCGGACUUCAACAUCUGCCUGAAGGGAAAGGGAGCAUCGCUGGUACUACAGCAUCAGUAUGACUUUACCAAGAUCAACAGCUUCCUACAAGAAGCGUACAGCAUCAACGCCCGCAUUCGCGACCUAACCCGCGAACUCCGCUCCAUCCGGCCCGCCUACCUCUCCACCGCCCCUCCAUCCCGGCGCAAACACCUAUCCAGUAACCCUUCCAACCACGACCGCAGCCGCCCCCUCACUGACAGCGAGCGCGACGAGAUCGACGCGCAAUCCAAGCAACUGCUCCGCCAACUCAACGGUGCAAUUGAAAGUCUCAAGCAAGCGGAAGAAGUCCGAAGACAGACGCAAGACUCCGUCGCUCUCUCCAAACGCGCACGCGGCGGCCUCGGAGCACUAGGUCGAUGGGCCGCGGGCGGGGCAGUGACCGCGAAGAGUCCCGACGAGGAACGGCAGGAUGCCGAGGGGAAGGUGCUCGCGGCGCAUAGGGAGAGUGUAAUCAUGUAUUUGCAAGCGAAGCUGGGGGAGGCGGGGAGUGUGCAGGGAGAGAUGAUGGAGGUGAGGUUGGGAAGGGAGGUGGAGAAGAGUAAGAGUGUGCUUUACAAGUCGAGGUUGGCAGCCGGUGGGAUACCGUAUGCGCAGGAUGAUGAGGAGAUGAUGCAGCACGGUAGUCCGCCGACGCGGAAACGACAAUCCAUGCCGAAUGGUUACGACACCACUUCAUCCGGCGGUGAAGCUGACGGUCAUCCACCCGAGCUCACGCAGGAGCAGCAACAAGUCUUCGCUGAGGAGAAUAGCGAGCUAAUCAAACACUACAACUCCCAACUCGACCAGAUUGCCGCCGCCGAACGCAGCAUCCUGGAGAUCAGCGAGUUGCAGGGUAGCCUGGUGCAGAACCUGCAGGCGCAGGCAGAGAGUAUCGAUCAGCUGGUACAGGACUCGUACUUGACCACGGAGAAUGUGGGUAAAGGUAACAAGGAGCUGAAGAGGGCGAGCGAGAGGAGGAGCACGGCCCAGGCGAUCUUUUAUGCGACGUGCGCUUUUUGUUCGUUUUUGGUUGUGUGGGAUUUGGUUUUCUGAGCCUAGUCUGAACUCUUCGAAGUGAAGCACCAUCGAGCAUUUCGCGCAUAAUGUCAGUCUGGACGUCUCGGCGUCUGCAGCACGUCAAGCACAGCAAUCUCAUCAGUCAUGGUUCUGCGGAGAACCUGCUACUGUUUAUAGCUGUAGAUCACCAAUGGUGACGAGGCUUCGGUUUACUCCGGUAUACACCAAGGUUC